GAGAAAUCAACAUCCGGUCGGAGCGCGAGGGGAACAGCGACCAAGACCCAAAGGAUUUUUGUCAUGUUACGUCACUCCGUAGGAUUUACUCUGGAUCAUUAAUAACUCCUAACCUUUUUUGUAUUUUUCCCCUGUGAUCCACAAUGAAUCCUUCAAAUAUCUUUGGUAGACCACAAACUCCCUUUCAGGCCACAAGCAACCCUAAUCAGUCUGCCAGUUUAUUCCAGUCUUUUACACAGCAGAACACAACGCAGGGUGUUGGCUUUGGACAGACAUCUGCCUUUACUCAACCAUCGUUUGGCCAGCUAGCAGGACAGUCUUCUGUCUUUGGCCAAGCUUCUACUUUUGGCCAGACACCUGCAUUCGGUCAGAGCGGUGGGUUAACCCAAGGACUGGGGCAGCCUUCUUCAUUUUCAUCUUUGGCGUCAACAGCAGUUUUUGGACAGGGCUCAAAUUUGGGUCAGGAGACGCAGGGAUUUGGACCUCCACCUCCUUCGUACUCUCAAGCCACAGGUCAAAACCCAGUGCCUGCAUUUGGUCAGGGCUCUGCUUUCAGUCAACCAUCUGGAUUUGGUCUCUCCUCUAGCAUCCCCUUAUCAUCAACCAGCUUCAGCAACACUACUACAACCCAGCCCAGUUUUGGUCAGCUUUCUGCGUUGCCUGUACCUGCAGCAACAUUAAAUUCCUCUGGAGGGGGCAGACCUGAAAAUCCCACAGGUGGGAGUUUUAGUUUCAAGCCAUCCAAUGAAUCUGUUUUCAAACCUAUUUUCAGCGUCAGUCCGGAACCUCCUAGCUCAAACCUGUCCUCUGCUCCAGUACCUUUUGGGUCAUCCAAGGCUGUGACUAGCAGUAGUACAUCUGGUGGUUCUCUAUUCUCAUGUGUUAAACCAAGUACUUUGGGCUUCAGUUUCUCGCAGCCGGCAGCAGCCCCAUCUGUUUCACUUUCAAGUUCAAAUUUUCCCCAGGAGACAGUCAGCGGCGGCAACAGUAUACAGUUCACCUUCUCUCAACCUGCGAAUCCUACCAUCAGCAGUAUGCCUGCUUCUCAGCCCACCACUCCUUCCUCCUUCAGCUUUACAGCUAAGACUCUCCAGCCACAGAUAGAGACAAAAUUGCCUGCGUUUGGUACUGCUGACAGUGUAUCUUUUGGAUUUGGGGCACCCAAAACCGAAGCUUCACAAAGAACAGAGGAGAGAGCUGAUGAUGGACAAAGCAGCGGGGGGGAAACAGCCUUUGGGAGUUUUGCCAUGAAGCGGAAGGAGGAGAUGUUAGAUCCAAAUAAUGCUCAGGGAAAAACUGCUAAAAGCGAAUGCGGUGAGGCUGGCGCAGAGGGCCCAAGACAACCAGCCAAACGUCCGCUGCUUAGGACCCGAGGUCCAGGCCUCUUCCGUAGUGUGAUGUCUGAUUUAUUAAAGUCUAAAGUCAGCCCUUUAAAAAGAGAGGGUCCUCCACCUCCAGACAGACCUGCUCCUCCUGGUCCAGCUAGUGAUGUGCCACCUAAUUCUCAGGAUCCGACAGAUGUGAGAAAAGCUGAGGAAUUUUCACAUGAGCCUGACUCUCAGUUGCUCACUUCAGUUAGACGUAUUGGUCGAAAGGAGAGCACUGAUAGUUUGGGUGGUCUUUCCCCCACUGAUGCCACCGCGAUUCAGUGUAAGGGGAUACCACCCAACUACAACAGGAAGGACCUCAUCCUACAGCAUUUUGGGCACUUUGGGAAAGUUCUCAAGGUGUAUUGCAGGCCUCAGAAGAAUCUAGCCAUUGUGCAUUUUAAAGAUCAUGCAUCUGCUGCCAAAGCCAAAAAGAAGGGAAAGCUGUUCCAAAGGAAUGAAAUUCAAAUAUUUUGGCAAAGAAAAAAGCAAAGUCCAAGUGAGAAAGGCGCCAGACCUACAGAGGUCAAAGAUCCUGUGAGCGGAGAGAUGGAGAAAGCUGAUGGAUUGUUGCAGUCGUCACCUAUUCGCAAGCCUCUUCCCAGAUCAGUAGCCACCAGCAUCCCUAGCACUCUCGCUAAAGGCUCUCCAAUCAUGAUGUCCUCAGUUGCUAAAACACUUCAAUUUGAGAGUGAAACAUCACUGGAAUCGGUCUCGGAGAAGGGAAGUAUAGAACGACUUGUUGUCAACCUGCCUUCGGUUCUUCAGCCUCUGAUAGGUCAGGUGGCUGAAACUGCAGAGGAGAGGUACCGCCUCCUAGAACAGAGAGACAAGCUCUUACGGCAAGCUCGGCCCAAAAGAACAGACCUAGACAUGUCAAAGGUGUUUGUGGGAACAUGCCCUGAUAUGUGUCCUGAAAAGGAGCGGUACAUGAGGGAGACCCGAAAUCAGUUAAGCGUCUACGAGGUUAUUCCAGAUACAGAGAAGGUGGAUCAUUUUGCCACUAUCAAAGAGUACAGCAGGUCAUCGGCCGAUCAGGAAGAACCUCUCCCUCAUGAGCUUAGGCCACUUCCUGUGCUGAGCAUGACUAUGGACUAUCUGGUGACGCAGGUUAUGGACCAGGGUGAGGGAAAUUACCGUGACUGGUAUGAUUUUGUCUGGAACAGGACCAGAGGAAUUCGCAAGGACAUUACCCAGCAGCAUUUGUGUGAUCCGAUCACGGUGUCGCUCAUUGAGAAAUGUACUCGUUUCCACAUUCACUGUGCCCAUCACCUAUGUCAGGAGCCCAUGAUGUCUUUCGACACCAAGAUCAACAAUGAGAAUAUGACAAAAUGCCUGCAGAGUUUGAAGGAGAUGUAUCAAGACCUGGCAACCAAAGGGGUGUAUUGCCCAAAUGAGGCAGAGUUCCGUCAGUACAACGUGUUGGUGAAGCUCAAUGAUGGAGACAUUCUACGUGAGGUGCAGCAGUUCCGUAAAGACGUUCAAAAAUCUCCGGAGGUGGAUUUUGCAGUGCAGGCCUUUGCAGAGCUCAACAGUAAUAACUUUGUUCGCUUCUUCAAACUUGUGAACUCGGCUUCCUAUUUGAGCAGCUGCAUACUUCACAGAUAUUUCAACCAGGUGAGAAGCAAGGCCUUGAAAAUUCUCAAUAUAGCCUAUACCGUUGGCUCUCAGAGAUCUACAAUUUUUCCGGUCGACGACUUUGUCAGAAUGCUCAUGUUCCGCAAUGCCGCUGAGGCGUCAGACUUCAUUCAGCAGUUCGGUCUUAAUAUCAGUGAUGGUCUGGUGGAACUUAGUCGGACGUCCUUUCAGGAGCCAGAUUUCUCCCUGCCUCAGAGAAAAUCCAUCAUUAUUGAGAAGAAGAGAACUGUUCUGAUUGGAGAGGUGGUCAAUGGAGGACCGCUGCCCAGCCCGCCCCAGCACAACCCCGUUCUCAGCUUUGACUCCAACAACAAGUACACUGGUGAUGGUCUCUCUACAGAGGCUCCACCAACUGCUGGGAAAGGUUUUUCUCAGAGACAGGACUUGGUGCCUGAUCUCAGGCUUCAGAUCAAAUCCAGACUUCUGGCCGAACCACAUGUGUUUGAUGAGACUUCUGACACAAACUUAUCUUUUAAACCCAAAGACACAGAGGAAAACAGAGAGAAGUCCCAAACUGCAGAAUCCACUCUGCCUACGCUUUUCCAACCUAUAUUCCCCCUACAGCCAGCCAAGCCCCAGCCCCCACCACCAAAACCAGAACCAGCAUACACGUAUCAGGAUGUCAUGGCUGUGGUGGAUGCAGUACUCAAUGAGGUCGUGGAAGCUGAAGUUUCUGACGUAACUCGUACAGCUGCUGAAUACGUGUCCACGGCCAACAGUGUGACGGACAGCGAGCUGGAAAUGGUCCUGAAUGGGGUCAUUAAACAGAUGCUGGGGGAAAUAUCCGUAUCAGAGAUCAAAGCUGAGAAAGACAGAAUUGCAGUGGAGAAACGCAGAAUGGAAGAAGCCAGGCGGAGAGAGGCCUUCCUUGAGCAGUUCAGUGGGGAGCUCUGUGCUAAGAUCAGUGAGGAGGUGCUAACAGAAAGGAUCCAUGAAACUGCUAAGGCUGAGAUCAGGUUUGCAUUAGAGGAGAAAGCAGCCUUUAUUGUUCAGUGCUCAGUGGAGGAAAGUAACAGAAUAGUAGAGGAGACAUUGGCUGAGGAGGUGGCCGCAGUGGCUCAGGAGAUCCUAAAUAAUGAGUUGAGGCGUAUCCGCAAGUUCAUCAAGAGGUGGUCUGACGUUGUAGCUGUGCGACGUCAGCUGAAGAGACAGAUGCGUGGUUUUCCUGCUGCCCCAGGCUGUGUGGAUCCACGGUUCAAGUUACAGGCGCUCGUCCCCAGUGCACCUUCCAGCCCCUGUCUGGACCUUCUAGCCCAGGGAAUGGUUAACCUGGGGAACUCUGGGAACAUGUCUGUGUCUUGCACAAGGCUGCUCAAAAUGAGACAGGAAGCAGUUCAGCAAAUGAAAGUUUCCUACUACUACAAUCUUUUAUUGAGUGAGCGUGUGUGGAUGCCUCUUGAUGUGCCCAUGCUUGUGGCAGAAAGCGUUCCUGAUGCACCUGACAGAAUCUUCUGGAAAGCCACUAUUCUGUUGCCAAGCGAACGUGAUUGCGAUUUAAGCUUUGCCAGCAGGAUUCUGACCGACUGGCUUGAGGUGAAAUUGGGUGCAGGAAGCACAAGUGAAGAGAGUGAAAAAGAAGCAACAAUGAGGACGCUGUGCCUCAGUCAUAGUUUCCAAAAUGUUGGGGAAAAGACUCAUGAAGUUUACCUCUCUAUGAAGGCAAGUCAUGGCCCCCUGAGCCAGGAAGAUCAAUGGCUUUCGGAGAAACGGAAAGACCUUCAUGGUACCAAUGCUUUGCUGAUCCUACUGCCUCCUCCACUUAGUGUUGGACUGGGGCAGGAAGAGGAGGAGGAGGAUGUGACCCUGCUCUCUGCCCUCCUCCAGCUGAGACAGGUGCAACAAGCCAGCUGCUUGCACUCCCCUGUACCCCUGGCUGUGGUGGUUACUGAUAAUGAAGAGGGUAGAACCAGUGAUCAGGGUUUAGUGGAAGCACUCAUGUUGAAUACAUUGAUUAAAGAUGGUCUCAUCUCUGAAUACAUCUUCAUCCAUAUACCAGCAGCCCUCACUGACCUGCAAGGCUCAGAGCAGAUGAGUCAUGUAGUGAGAUGGCUUGCCUCCCACUCCUGUACCAGCCCAGCCUUGUCCUCUCAGACCCUGGUGCAGGUCGUUGAAUCAGGCUUGUGCCGUGAGUUCCACUCCAGACUCCAACGAGACAAGCAGGAUAGAAAACAAGCAGGUCUUCCUUCUCAACACCCGGAGCCCAUCGUGCAGCUCUGUAACAGCGUGUUGAGUUUUCUGGCAAGUGUUGUUUCAUCAGAGCUGCUGUCCAGUCUGUGCUGGCCACCUCCUGAGUUUUCUUACCCUGAGAACAACAAACUUAUUCCUCAUCCGGACUGGAACUCGCCAGAACACCUGGACUGGCUGAGGAGGGCCAUCCUUAGCCGACAGCUUCCGAAAUGGGAUCUGCCUCCCAUAAGUGCCACCUGGCCACAGUUGUGUACCUCUAUAUCGAAGUAUGUAUUCCAGAUUCCCACCUCACCCCUAAGCCAACCCAUCCUAAUGUCCCGACUUGAGAACCUGCUGAGAAGAGUCAACUAUCAAUAUUUUCAUGUGAAUGGUGUAGAUGAGGAUGACUUUGAGGAGAUGGGACCGUCCUUUCAUGAUAUUCCUUGGGAUGAGAUAAUAUGUCUGUGUGUAGAGCACCGUAUGAAGGACUGGAGUUUAGAUCCUCUUGUAGUGGAAGAUGCACUCACAGAUGAUGGGGAGAUUCUCGUGUACUUCAACAAAGACAGCUUGGAAGGUUUUAAGCCGCCUGACAGCUGGAUCAAGGCUGUGAAACAGACAUACCGUGAAAAGCAACAGGCGUCAGAAAUGCUUAAGGUCAGAGUGCUGCCCACUGCAUCCAGAUACCUCUCCAAGCAGCAGCUGUUUCAAAGUCAGAUAGACAUGGAGGAGGAGCCUUUCGUUUCAGACACCCCAGAUGUUCCCAUAGCCCAGCGCUUUGAACGUAUUCUUUCUUCUGUUCGUGAGAUGAAUGUUAAGGACAGGAGCAUUGGAGCUCAGAUUCAUCGUCGGAUUGAAGCAGGGUCUGUGAACCCUGCCUCUUUUGCUCUUCCUCUGCCCACCAGCCUCCUCUCAGCAUCUGUACACAUGAACCCCUCACACAAGCGCCCUGCUGCUGGCACAGUUCAUAUACAGGGAAUGAUGACAGAAGGGUCUCUAGACAACGCACAUGCUUCUAUAGUGCAGCAGCUUCAACAUAGUCUAUCUGCUGUUCAUGAGAUGAACGCUGAGAGCCAGAGGAUCGGAGAGCAGAUUCAGCGUCGGAUUGACACAGAUCCUCUUUACUCUGCAUCUUUUCCUCUUUUUCUGCCCUCUACCCUCCUCUCUGCACCUCCUUUAAUCGUAACGCCGUCCCGCAAGCGCCCUGCUGCUGCCAACUUCUACUUACAGGAAAUUGAAACCGAUGAACCAGUUAAGAAGUCAUCUCCUUGUGAAAAAAACAGACCAGUAUCUCUGUUGCAGCGUCUGCAGGACUUGAAACAAGAGUUAACAAGUCAACAGGAGGAGGAUCGUGUGUGUGAUCUUAAACUGAAGUGUCUUUUUGACAUUGUAGAUACUUGAAAGUGUUUUAGGUCUCUUUGAUCAAAUCUUUAUUUGACCACAUAUUGCUCUUUAAUUGUAUGCAGUUUUAUUUGUUUUUUGCAAUUAAAAUAAUUUGUUUUCCAA